GUAUUACUGUCAAAAUUAUAUGGCCCAGAAGGAACAUUCUAUUUUACUUCACAUUCACCUGGAGAACACAUCAUUUGCUUAGAAUCUAAUUCUACAAGGCUUGUGUCAUUUGGAGGGAGUAAGCUGAGGAUCCAUUUAGAUAUUCGAGUUGGAGAACAUGACCUUGAUGCAGCCAUUGCUCAAGCAAAGGACAAAGUUAAUGAAGUCAGCUUCAAGCUUGAACAUCUUCUUGAGCAAAUUGAGCAAGUAGUCAAAGAACAAAACUAUCAAAGGGACCGUGAAGAGAAUUUCCGACUGACCAGUGAAGAUACAAACAGCAAUGUUUUAUGGUGGGCUUUUGCACAAACAUUAAUCCUGAUCUCAGUGGGAAUUUUCCAGAUGAAGUACCUUAAAGACUUCUUCAUAGCUAAAAAGCUUGUUUAA